AUGCAGCAUCUCGGUAGUGACAAGGAGAACGAUUCUGCAGCAAACUCCCGCGGUAACUCCCCGAAAAAGCCGCUGACAAACCUCAACGGUCUGACGCAGAAGCUGAACGGGCUCGAGUCCAACACACAGCAGUACCGCGAAUUGCUUGUCUGCACGGGAGAUAUCUCUACUUGCUUUGUACACGGAAAGGGUGACUUCCGCCCCCACUGGAGGGUGUACCACACCGAGGAGCAGAUCGAAGCUCUCAUCCAAUCCCUGAACAAGCGAGGCGUCCGCGAGAGCGAACUGAGGCAGGCGUUGGAACUUGAUAAGGCCAACAUCGUGGAGUACGUCAAGAAAUGCCCGUUGCAUCAUCUUAAUCCGGACAUUGCUCCGCCUCCACCUGUACAUCACAUGACUCGCAACAAGAAGUUCACUCUCUCCCUCGUGGUACCUGACGACAGCACUUUAUCGGAGGCUCUGGAACUUUCGCUCAGAGAUCACAUACUUGAGCUGGAGGAGAAGAUCUUCCACGGAUGUCUGGGAGCACUUAAAGUCAAGGACCGUGAGGCUUGGCGUGGUACGCUGAUGCUGCGCGGCUACGACAAGCAGGCCGAUUAUCUUUCGUGGGGACCCAACAAGCAGUACCGGGACGACUACCACCUGCCCAAUGGCGUAUUGAAAGUGCCUAACGACAUCGACAAAUCGGAGAUUCCAGCCAUUCCAGAAAACAAGUACCGCGACCCCGGUCAAUAUCUGGAAGCGCCUAAGGUGAACGGCGUGAAGACAGAGCCCGAAGACACGGGGGCGAAGCCCGACGUUAUCAGGAGUCUCGCCUCCGCGCUGCUUCAGGUCUCCCAGUCUAUACACCACAAGUACAUUAAGAGGCCGUUAGGUCUUGACGAUAAGGAACGCAAAGAUCGCGAAGCAAGGAACAAACCACUCGACCUGGAAGCCUUGGAACGCUGGGAGGUAUCCCUAAUGGAGUGCAAAUCUUUCGCCGCCGUGGUACUCCAUCUCUUCACUCUUGACUCCAGCAUUACAUGGUCAGCGAGUAUCCUGAAUGCUAGCUGCAGACUGUGUAGAAGGAAGACGGACCCUGACAAUAUGCUGCUUUGCGAUGGCUGUAACAAGGGACACCAUUUGUAUUGUUUGAAGCCCAAACUUACGAAAGUACCCCAUGGGGACUGGUUCUGCGACCAGUGCAAGCCCAAGGAGCGCACUCCCAGAAAAAGAAGAAAACUCUUCUCCGAUGAAUAUAUCGAGGAAGCUCUUAACAGCGACGACGAGUCGUUCGGCGUGGACGCGGGCGUGUGCGGGUCGUGCGGCAGCGGCGGGCGCCUGGCGGCCGAAUGUAUAUCCUGUCGCAACAAGUACCACACCGAAUGCGCCGCGCCCAAGCCAGGCCGAACCGCCCGGCGUUGGACCUGUGCCAGCUGCCUGGCGCCCACCAGAGAACACACAAUAAGGCGCUGUGCUGCGACCGCCAUCUCCAACAUUCACCAGUACACGCGCGCGCUCGACAGCAGGCGGAAUAGCUCCGAUUCCGAUGACAGCGAGUACAACACAGUGUUGGUGAAAUUGAAGACACAAAAGCGCGAUAGCAAAGAAGCGUCGCCCGUUGCCAACGGUCUGCCCAAAAAGAGGGGACGCAAAUCAAAGGAAGAAACGAUAACAAAUAGUAGAAAGUCCAGAACUUCACUUGCUAAUGGUGUACACGAAGAACACAAUACGAGUAAGAAGCGAAGCAGUCGACUCGAAGCACAAACGCCAUUACACGUAGAAGCAUUGCAAAUAUUACUACGGGACGUGAUGAAGCACAAGGACUGUUGGCCCUUCUACGAACCCGUUUCUAUAGAGGACGUGCCAGACUACUUGGACGUGAUUGAGAAGCCGAUGGAUUUUUCGACUAUACGUGAGAAGCUCGAGUUGGGUGACUAUAACACCGACCAGGAGCUCAUUGGCGACGCGGCGUUAGUGCUUGUUAAUUGCUUUACUUACAACAAGGACACGCACCCUGUCGCUAAAGCGGGAGUUCGUCUAGAGAGAUACAUAAACAAACGCUGCGCAGAGCUAGAAUUGCCACCGCUCCCAGAAAUCAACCUUGACCAAGACAAUUCCGAUUCCGACUCGGCCCAGAAACGGCGCGUCUCAGAACACCAGGAUGCGCCGAAAGCGAAAAAAGCGAAAUUCAAAUGAUAUGUGGACGUACCCUCGAGGUAUAGGGACUACGUGUUUUUCUGAGGCUAGUGAUAUACAGUGAUAUAAGUGAUAAUGGUAAAUUGAGACUUGUGCUGGUGUGCGUUAAAAUAAUCCCAAAUAUGCCCGGAUGCGUUUGGACUUUAGUGUAGACAAUAUUACCGGUAUUCUCUUAGAGAAAACUAGUGGCCGUUAAUGCCUAUAACGCAUAUAACGUAUCGUCGCUUUACCGACUAAGUGUGUGUCUUGAGCAGUAGCUUGUCUCAAACUAGUUCUAUUAAUUCAUAUAUAAAAAUAGUACUGUAGGCGCGCGAGUUGAAUACAGAGCUAAGCGCGUUUAUGGCGACGCAGACGCGCUGUAGUGAAUCAAUUAAAACGCGUAAACGUCGCGUUGCAAGCAAGAAGCUUAUAUGUAUACUCCACUGGAGUUUACACCUAGAAUUUCAUGUAGUUGCUUAAUUUCAAAAACUAACUGAAAUUAACAAACUAAAAUUAGAACUGUCUCUUAUCUAAAUGCGCGAUACAUACGCGCGACUACAGCGUGUCUACGGCGCCUAUACG